AACUUUCUGAAAAAAAUUUAUUCCUUUAAAAAAUAAAGAAAUAAAAAUAAAAAUAAAACAAAUAAACAGAGCUUUUCUUUUCUUCGUCGUCUCCUAGUAGCAGUAGAAUCCACCCAAGUACUUGCACAAUCGAAGUUUCUCCUACAACAAACAACAAAAGGAAACCCUAAGGCAGGUCGAUCAAAUUCAAAUCAAUUCAAUUUCAUCAGAACUAUGCCUUCACGUCGUAGAACUCUUCUUAAGGUCAUUAUUCUCGGCGACAGCGGGGUGGGAAAAACUUCUUUGAUGAAUCAAUAUGUAAAUAAGAAGUUUAGCAAUCAAUACAAGGCAACAAUUGGAGCUGAUUUCUUGACUAAGGAAGUUCAAUUUGAAGAUAGGCUCUUCACUUUACAGAUCUGGGAUACAGCUGGCCAGGAAAGAUUCCAGAGUCUUGGUGUUGCUUUCUAUCGUGGUGCUGAUUGCUGUGUUCUCGUAUAUGAUGUUAAUUCAAUGAAGUCAUUUGAUAACCUUAACAACUGGAGAGAAGAAUUCCUUAUUCAGGCAAGUCCUUCAGAUCCAGAGAAUUUCCCAUUUGUUGUUCUUGGGAACAAGAUUGAUGUGGAUGGUGGAAAUAGUAGAGUGGUUUCAGAAAAAAAGGCAAGAGCUUGGUGUGCAUCAAAAGGGAAUAUUCCAUACUUUGAGACCUCUGCCAAAGAAGGCAUUAAUGUGGAAGAAGCUUUCCAAUGCAUAGCAAAGAAUGCCCUGUUGAGUGGGGAAGAGGAAGAGAUAUACUUGCCGGACACCAUUGAUGUUGGAACCAGCAGUCAGCCUAGGUCAACUGGAUGCGAGUGUUAAAUUGUGGGUUGAUUUUUCAGCAUCAAUAAAGUACCUUUACAAGUGUUAUAAAUGAUUUGGCCUCUUUUUAGCUGUUUCUAUUGAUAUGUAUGAAGGCAAUACUGUACAUUAGUGUUUGUGGGAAGCAAAUUCGUCAAAUGGUGCCAAUUCUGGGUGCCUGUCUGUAAUACUGUUUUAUUUGUUCAGGUUGUGUUUGAUUUCUUGUUAGGCACUAUCUCAUUAUUGUGCACUAGUCUUGUUACUAUAGUGUUUUGUUUUCUUAUUUAUCAUUUAUCAAGAUACUCGAGAGUUCCUUCCA